GUGAACGAGAACUGCAGUACUGUUGGGUGUGAGAGACGGGCGGAGGCGGUUGAUGUUACAUAGAUGGAAAUAUGCAGACCGAGUGACAUUAUUGAUGUGAGACUGAAAUGAUAGUGUGCUGUCGAGGAUGACACCCAGACUCCUAACCUGGGGGGAGGGAGAAACUGAGGAGUUAAUAAUGGUAAGUGAAAAACUGUUGAGCUUUGAAAUGUUGGAUUUUGUGCCAAUGAGGAGAACCUCGGUUUAUCACUGUUUAAUUUGAGAAAGUUGAAGGUGAACCAGGAUUUUAUUUCAUUCAGACAGUCAGAGAGGAGACUGUGUGGGAGAGAGGCAAACAAGCAGCAUACAAACACAAUACAGGAUACAUGACUGUAAAACAUGACAAGACAUGAAAUAACAUGAACCAUAAAAUCACAUCAACAUGAAACAAAAAAAUACAUCUUGAUAAGGUUUGUUAUCCUCAGUAACCAAACUGACCUCCACACUCAUCUUUUUCUCUCAUUCUCAAACCCUGCUGUUCUUUUCCAGUUGAAUCAGUCUCUGAUGUUUACAGCAGAGUGACGUCAUGGCGACUGCAGCAGCAGACACAGAUGAUCUGUUUCCUCUGAGACGCAGGAACAGCAAGUCAUGGUUACCACCUCACAUGUCUGAGCUGAGGGUGGUUCUGCUGGGGAACAGCUGGUCUGAUAGGAGCUCAGUGGGGAACUUUAUACUCAGAGAGACUGAGUUCAACACUGAGGAAGAACCAGGCGGCUGUUUGAAGGUCAGAAGACAGAUAAAGGAGAAAGGCAUAGUUCUCAUCAACACUCCAGAUCUGCUGAGUCCCCACAUCUCUGAAGACAGACUGACAGAACAUGUGACAGCCUGUGUGAGACUCUCUGAUCCUGGACCUCAUGUGUUCCUGCUGGUUCUACAGCUUGAAGACUUCAGGGAGGAACACAAACUGAGACUCUGCAGAGUCCUUAAACUCUUCAGUGAUCAAUCAUUUGAUCAUUCAUUGAUACUGAUAUCAUCACCCAGAGAGCAGGGCUCCAAAUAUACUCAGUAUUCUCCCCUCAAAGACAUGAUCAGAGAGUGUAGGUACAGAUAUGUGGAGGGGAUGAACCUUGAACUUCCAGAGCUGUUGACACGUUUGGGUCAAAUUGUGAAGGAGCACGAUGGAGAGCAUGUCAGCUGUGAUGUGUUCAUGGACGCCACUGAUGAAACACAACAAGAGAAAACAAAGCCUGGCCUCCUACAUGCUGUUACUUCUGCUGGUCUGUGUGCCAGUGAUGACAGGGUGAGACCUCCUCCUCCAGGAGAGAUCACAGGUGAUCUGCUUCCUGUGAAGCGCAGCAGCAGCAUGGAGUUGUUGCCACCUAACUUGUCUGAGCUGAGGGUGGUUCUGCUGGGGAACAGCUGGUCUGAGAGGAGUUCAGUGGGGAACUUUAUACUCGGAGAGACUGAGUUCAACACUGAGGAAGAACCAGACGGCUGUUUGAAGGUCAGAAGACAGAUAAAGGAGAAAGACAUAGUUCUCAUCAACACUCCAGAUCUGCUGAGUCCCCACAUCUCUGAAGACAGACUGACAGAACAUGUGACAGCCUGUGUGAGACUCUCUGAUCCUGGACCUCAUGUGUUCCUGCUGGUUCUACAGCCUGAAGACUUCAGGGAGGAACACAAACUGAGACUCUGCAGAGUCCUUAAACGCUUCAGUGAUCGAUCAUUUGAUCAUUCAUUGAUACUGAUAUCAUCACCCAGAGAGCAGGGCUCCAAAUAUACUCAGUAUUCUCCCCUCAAAGACAUGAUCAGAGAGUGUAGGGACAGAUAUGUGGAGCGGAUGAACCUUGAACUUCCAGAGCUGUUGACACGUUUGGGUCAAAUUGUGAAGGAGCACGAUGGAGAGCAUGUCAGCUGUGAUGUGUUCAUGGAUCCCACUAAUGAAACACAAAUCACACAACAAGAGGAAACAAAGCCUGGCCUCCUACAUGCUGUUACUUCUGCUGGUCUGUGUGCCAGUGAUGACAGGGUGAGACCUCCUCCUCCAGGAGAGAUCACAGGUGAUCUGCUUCCUGUGAAGCGCAGCAGCAGCAUGGAGCUGUUGCCACCUGACUUGUCUGAGCUGAGGGUGGUUCUGCUGGGGAACAGCUGGUCUGAGAGGAGUUCAGUGGGAAACUUUAUACUGGGAGGGAAUAUGUUCAACACUGAGGAAGAAUCAAACCAGUGUCUCAGAAUCAGUGGAACAAUAGAGGGAAACAAAAUAUCUGUCAUUAACACCCCAGACCUGCUUAAACGUGACAUCUCUCCAGAACAGCUGACAGAUUAUAGAGAAAACUGUGCAAGACUCUCCGAUCCUGGACCUCAUGUGUUCCUGCUGGUUCUACAGCCUGAAGACUUCACUGACAAACACAAACAGAGUCUCUGCAGAGCACUGGAACAUUUCAGUGAUCGAUCAUAUGAUCAUUCACUGGUUUUGAUUUUAUCACCAAGAGAGGAGAGUCCAGGCUUAAAGAAGAAAUACAAGGAACACCCUCCAUUAAGAGACAUGAUCAUAAAGUGUAAAUACAGACACUUGAAACAGAAACACCUUGACCAUUCAGAGCUGUUAACACGUUUGAGUCAAAUAGUAAAGGAGAAUAGUGGAGAGCAUGUCAUCUACAAAGCAUCUGAGGAAACAACAGCUUCAUUACAUGACCAUCAUCAGAGCCUGAAACCACAGGGAAUACUGUCUUCUGUUAAAGCCUUUGGGUUCUCUGUUGUUACCAAAGUCACUCCACAGUUCCUCCUCUCAGGGAAAAACACGUCAACACAGGAAUCUGGAUUCAAGAUUAUCCUGCUGGGAAAAAGUGACGACAAAAAGAAAAAAUUGUCCAACUUCAUCAUGCGUGGUCAAACUGGUCAUCAUGGAAAACACCCUCAAACCAGACGAGCCAGACACUGUGAGGUCACCUGGGGAGAGUGGAAAGGAAACCCACUAACAGUGGUGAAAACUCCAGACUUGUUCAGUCUGUCUGUGGAGGCUGUGAGAAGAGAGGUGGAGAGCUGUGUGAGUCUUUGUCCUCCAGGACCAAAUGUUCUGCUGCUGUUAGUGAAACCUUCUGAUUUCACUGAAGAGAACAGAGAAACACUGAAGUUCAUCCUCAGUCUGUUUGGUCAAGAUGCUUUUAAACACUCAGUGAUCAUCAGCACACAUGAGGACGGUCAAACAGACGACUCUUAUAGACGUCUACUUAAAGACUGUGGAGACAGACACUACAGCAUGGCUGAUAACGACAUCCACUCAUUAAUGACACAGAUUGAGAGCCUUGUGUGUGAGAACGAAGGAGACUUCCUCACCCUCACUGAAGAGUUGAUCACUCUGAAGUCUGAACACAUGAAACCAGCUUUAAACCUGGUCCUGUGUGGGAGGAGAGGAGCAGGGAAGACUUCAGCAGCAAAGGCCAUUUCAGGUCAGACAGGUCUUCAUUCAGCCUCCAGCUCAUCAGAGUGUGUUAAACAUCAGGGAGAGGUGUGUGGACGUUGGGUUUCCCUGGUGGAGCUUCCUGCUCUGAGUGGAGAACCUCUGGAGACAGUGAUGAAGGAAUCACUCAGGUGUGUCUCCCUGUGUGAUCCUGAAGGUGUCCAUGCCUUCAUCCUGGUCCUACCUGUGGAUCCUCUCACUGAUGAAGACAAGGGAGAGUUAAAGAUGAUCCAGGACACCUUCAGCUCUGGAGUCAAUGACUUCACCAUGAUUCUGUUCACUGUAGAGUCAGAUCCUACAGCUCCAGCUGUUGUUAACUUUCUCAAAAGAAACGAGGAAAUCUCAGAGCUCCUUCAGAGCUGUGGAGGAAGAUCUUUUGUUCUCAACAUCAAGGACCAGCAGCAGGUUGAAAGGCUGUUGCACAUGGUGGAAAAAAUUUGUCAAUCUAAAAAUGAACCAUGCUGCUUCACAACUUUAACAUUUGCUCAUGCACAAAUGGUAAAAGUUAUUCAACAAGAGAAACAAAUCUGCAAUCAACAAAAUGAACUUCAAAUGUUGAAACAGAGGAACAAUAUUGCCUGUGAUGAUGAGAAGCAGAGCUCAGAGCGUCUCAGGAUUGUGCUGAUCGGGAAGACCGGCUGUGGGAAGAGUUCUUCAGGAAACACCAUUCUAGGACAAGAGGAGUUCUUGGCUGAGUCAGGUCAAAUAUCAGUCACUAAACGCUGUCAGAAAGCACACGGUGAAAUGGACGGUCGUCCUGUCACUGUGGUCGACACUCCUGGUCUGUUUGACACAACGUUUUCCCAUGAAGAGGUUCAUGAAGAGAUGAUAAAAUGCAUCAAUCUUCUGGCUCCAGGACCACAUGUCUUCCUGUUUGUGUUACAAAUUGGCCGACUCACAGAUGAAGAGAAAGAGACAUUAAAACUGAUCAAAGAAGGCUUUGGGAAGGAUGCUGAGAAGUUCACCAUCAUUCUUUUCACAAGAGGAGAUACACUGAAACACGAGAAACGUUCAGUUGGAGAAUACAUCGCUAAGAAAUGUGAUGAUUCCUUCCAGAAACUGAUCUCUGACUGUGGAGGAAGAUACCACGUGUUCAAUAACUAUGAUGAACAAAACAGAACUCAGGUCAGUGAGCUGAUGGCAAAGAUCGACACAAUGGUGAAGACAAAUGGAGGCAGCUGCUACACCAAUGAGAUGCUGCAAGAAGCUGAAACUGCUAUAAAGAAAGAAAUGGAGAGACUCUUAAAGGAGAAAGAAGAGGAGAUGAAGAGAGAGAGAGAAGAACUUAAGAAGACACAUGAUGAGGAAAUCAAAGCAUUACAUUUAAGAAUGGAAAAACAGAGAAGAGAGGUUGAAAUUGAGAGAACACAAAGAGAAAAGGAAUUGGAAAAGUUGAAACUGGAAAGCGACAAUAUCAUCAUGGAGGAACGUGAUAGGAGAAGUAAAGAAAAGGAAAACAGAGAUGAAGAAGACAGACAGAGAAAAAUGUGGGAAGACAUUCAAAGACAGAAGUGGAAAAAGAAAGUUGCAGACUUAGAACAACAAAUAAAAAAACAGUCGCAAUCCAAGGAAAACACUGACAGACAGCUGAGGAAAACAGAAGAAGACCUGAAAAAAGAAAGAGAUAACUGGGAGAAAACACAAAAAGAAUGGUGGAAGAAACGAAAACAGGAAGAGAAAAGGAGAGUAAAGAAAGAAGAAACAAGAAUAAGUGAGCUUAAAGAAGAAUACGAACAGAAAAAACAACAUGAUGCUAUGAUUAGAAAGAAAGAAGACAAAAAUAGACAACAACAGGAAGAAAAUGCUAAAAAGGCCAUUAAGGCAAACUAUGAGAAAAAACUGAAGGAAAUGAGGAAGAAUUAUGAGGAGGAGGCCAGGACAAAAGCUGAGGAGUUCAACGGCUUCAUUAAGGUUAAAAAUGAAGAAUUUGGAGCUCUAGAAAAAGAACAUGUGGAAAAGAUGACAUUGCUGAAGCAACAGAAAGACAAAGAAAUGGAGAAGAAGCAGGGGGAGUAUGACAGCUUGAAGGAACUUUCGGCCCAGAAAGAAUCAAAUCUGAAACAGCAAAGGAAAGACAUACAGGAGAAGCAGGAACAGUAUAACAGACUAUUUGAUCUGUCAACCCACAAUGAAGGACUGGCACUUGUUAUGGAUGAGCUACAGAACAAACAGAAACGGGAAAUGGCCGACCUCACACUGCUACUCUUGACUCAGAGGGAAAGAUAUGAAAAGGAAAUGAAGGAGUUGGAAGAAAAGCACAAAAAAGCGGUGGAUAACCUUAAAGAAGACUUAUCAGCCCAAAAUGAAAGGAAUGAGAGGGAACAAAUUGAUCAGUUAAUGAUAAAACAGAAUCAAGAAAUGAAAGACAUAAAGAAAGAACUCUCACAAAGCCACAAAGAGGUUCAGAGCUUAAAAACAUCAAAUUUGUCCAAAACACAUGAGCAAGAAAAGAUGAAGUUAAAAGAAGGACUUAAAAACCAGCAGGCAACUCGAAAGAAACACAUGGAAGAUUUACAAAGAAAAUAUAAAGAAGCAAUGGAUGAAUUCAAACAGGAUAUUUUCCAAAAACUGUAUAAUUUACAGAAAAAACACAAUGAGCAGAUAAACCAAUUCAAACAGAAAAUGACCAAAAAUCCAGACCAACAGGAAAAACUUGAUGAACUCGAGAAAAAACACAGAGAAGCAAUGAAUGACCUGAAAGAAAGAAGUUUGACUGGUGCAUGGUGCUCAAUUCUGUGAGAAAUCUGAUCUCUUAACUUCCAUGGCCCUGUGAAAUGUGUUGCCUACAAAUAAAGAAACAUGGAAGGGUAGGUAGCUGGCUGUGAAGAAGAGAUUGCAAUUUAUAUAUAUGCAUGGAGAAGGGAGCCAGACUAACCAAAAACAUCAUUUGCUUGUGUAGAAUUAUUUUUAGAAAUAUUAUGUAGAUAUGUACAAGUAUGUGUAAAUAUACAAUGAUGUAUUCAGCAGCCAUUUUCAAAUGGAACCUCAGGGUGGGUCAUACCACUUAUCUACACCAUUGUUUCGGCAACAUGGAAAGCAACCAGAAAACAUAAACCAAAUCUGUUCUGUUGGAGGAUGAUGAGGAUGGGACAAUGAGGAGGCAAAGAGUGCUCAAGGACUUAAGGAGUUUUCUGGCCCAUGGUGACUGGAUGGUUCACCGAUUUAAACCCUCUAAAGCCAUGCUUGAGGAUCUGUGUACUGAACUUUGUAAAUAAAGACCUUCACCACUUAUGGCAAUCAGCUGUUUAUAGUAACAAACAGUUAUAUGUUCAAUAUGACUAACAACUCAUAAUGUUUUCCUUUCUUCCUAAAGCACCUUCUGGGAGUGAUGUUUUCUCUUGUAAUGACUCACUAUUCACUCUGACAAGAAAGCUCAUUUAUACAGUCAACAGUUAUGAGAUGCUUUGCAUUGACCACGGAUGAAUAUUAAGUGAUAGUGUUCACAGAUUUAUUAAGAGAAUCACAGAACUGAUCCUGUCAUUUUGUGUGUAUAACUCAAAAUAUGUUAUCUGUUUAAAAGUUUGUUUGAAGUGUUUUUAUUCCUCUCAAGUGCAUAAUGAAGUGUUUUUAUUCCUCUCAAGUGCAUAAUGAAGUGUUUUUAUUCCU